UUACAGUCAGUGACACAGUUUAUGCUGCCUGUGGUCGAUAAGAUAAUAAACCACUUGAUAUGUUGAUAUUGACAUGCGCAAUGAAACAUCAAUGCAUGCGUAAACAGUAUUAUACUUUCCACCAGACAAUCAUGGCUGAAAUGAGUCCUGGAGUAAGAAAAUAACACAGUGAGUUAAGAUAAGACUGCGAACGAAAUGGCACAUCAGCGCCAUCUAGAAAAGACAAAAUACAGACAAUGGGUAAAGGCUGGACUUGGACUGACAUAUCUAAGAGAAGGAAUAUCACCUUUUUGUGACGAUAUUGCAAAACAACAGCAUAAACACAUCUUAGACAAUAUCAAACAAACAAAGACACUAUCAGCAGUAGCGUGUGGUCAAUGCAACUUGGCGACACUUAGACCUGACCAUUCAAAGGGAGGAAACAGAUCAUGUAUGUUAGGUCAAAGAAAUUGUAACUGCUGCAAUCCAGGUGGUAAAAUUGCUUGUCCAAACAAAGUUUGUGGCGCAAUCUAUGACACAAUUGUAAGGGAACACGGAUUUACACCACCAGCGCCAUAUUGGAAAAACACAGAGUCGAGACAUUGGUGCACAGACCCAUGGUCUAUUGCUAAAUGUUUUAUCAAUGCCCCAGGAUACGACAUGAAAGCAUCAGCAACCGACAUAGACUGCAUCGGGUUACUACAUCUGAUUCGCAACAACCAAUAUUUCCAUAACCAUAUCCGAUGCACAAUUUCUCAACAUGACAUCUUCUCAAAGGUAAUAGCGGACAGGAACGAGAUAUUCCACUCUAGUACAAUGGAACUAGAAGAAACAGAAGCAAAUAAUUACAUAGAUGAUAUGAUAGCAGUCCUUCAUGAUAGUAAGGAAUUGAACAACCGACAGAAUGCUAAAGAUGCCGUGUUGAAACUUGAAAAACUCAAGAACAAAGACUUCAUCAUCACCACCGAAAAUGAAGCAAAACUUAUCAGAGAUGUCGCUGAAGAAAUAAGAGAUAUGUUAGUGAGAUUUGAAAACAAAACAGAAGAUAUGGCACCAAAGGAAGAGUGUGAUAGACUUAAAAAACAACUCUCGGAACUGGAAUUGGUGAUAUCAGAACUGAAGGAGGAGAUGAACAGUCUAAAGGUAGAUGUUUCGUCUCAACAGGAACCGCUUGAUUAUGAGCAAUCCAAACUAGAUUUACAGAGAAGUUUGAUACAACAUUACAGAGAAGAUGUACUACGUAUGUCUGCACUUCCACAACAACAAGAGGGUAACUUGUGUGACUUUAAAGAUGUUUAUGUCAGACCACGAAUGGCAAUGGAAUCAAAAGAUGAUUUAAAUGAUAAACCAAAUGUUUCUGUUGUUGUAUCUUUGUCUGAUAUUUUCAAAAAAGAUGGUAAACCUGUAAAAUCCAUCUACAUUCUUGGAGAAGCGGGAUCAGGUAAAAGUAGUUUCUGUAAAAGUUUGAUAAAUUACUGGUGUUUGGCACAUUCUGAAGAAGGACAAAGAAUAGAAGAUGAGUUCAGGGGGAUCAAAGAAAUGAAGAAAUUUAAAUUUCUUUUUUUCCUUCCUCUCCAUCAUUAUACAGAUAAAAUGAAGAUAAAAGAAAUGUUAGAGGAAAAGUACGAACAUCCUGCCCUUAAAAAGAUUCUAGAAUAUGAAUCUCGAACCUGUCUUGUUGUUCUUGAUGGUCUUGAUGAAUGGGCUUCUCCAGCGUCAAAAUAUCCUCCCGAACGUAGCUCAUUGAAGGGCUAUACCGUCCUAACGACGUCACGACCCUGGAAAAUUGCAGCGUUAGGAAUAAGCGAUAAUGAGAUACGACAAAAGAUUGUCCUGAAAGGGUUUGAUGAUAAUAAUGGUGAAACAUCUGUAAAAAAAUUGAUCGAAAAGACGGUUCCAAUAUUAAACAAAAUGUUUAAGAAGGACAAAGAUCCAGUUGAUUGUGAGAAAGCACUAGCAAAAAAAUCAUUGGCAAGUCUAAAACACACAGCGAUCACGCUGCAACAGCUGAUAUGCCUGUGGUUUGAUGACAAACUUUGUGGUGAAACUUCAAGAUGUGCCCUUUACACUGAAAUACUUGACCUGUUGUUUGUCUGGCACAAGAAGAAAUACCCCGACGAUCCUCUAUUCACAGAAAUGAUGACGAAAUCAAAAGACCUAAACAAUAUAGAACUCCCUUGCUAUUUGAUAAAUACUGAAGUCUGUAAAUCAUAUAGUUAUAUCAUUCAGGACGUAUCACGGCUAUCUUAUGAAACAUUGUUUAACAAUACAAAAGAAACAUCUUUGUCAUUUGACAGUUCAACCUUUGAACGACUGAAAAUAUCAAAUGAAGUAAAAACAUGUUGUCUGAAAAUAGGAAUCUUGUCUGAAGAUAAAUGUCAAAGUCUCUCUGCAAGUAGCAGCCGAACGUCAGCAAUUGCAUUUGUUCACAAGUCAUUUCAAGAAUAUUUGGCUGCUGUAUAUAUUGCUAUCCGUUCCAAAAAUUAUAUCGCGUCGUCGACUGAUUCAGGAAACCCAGAUUUUCCUGAUCAUUGUGAACAAUUAAUAAUAGACUUUUUCAGUAAGUGCGCGAGUCUGGAUUUAAUAUUAGAACAAGCAAAUGUAUUCAGUAUGCUAUGCGGUCUACAGCCUCGGAUCGCUACAUCCAUUUCCAAGUAUAUAUACGAUAUUGUUUCAGGGGAUAUGCGUGUACAUCGUUACAGAAGAACAAUAAAUUACGGACAUAUAAAUCUAAUAUCAAAUGUCCAAAAGUGUAUUUUAAAUUGUAUAGAAGAAAUGCAAGUAUAUGGAACUCGUAUGCAUUCUAACUUUUAUCUAGGUGACGUUUAUGUGAAUACUACGUCAAAUUGCGAUCGUUUCUGUACAAGUUUUGAAAAGCGAUUUAUUUUGCCUGAUCGUGUCAUGUCGUUUGCAAUUGAUACAAUGUUAAUGGAGAAUUAUCCAAAGAAAGUAUCAAAAUAUUUACCGAAAUGUCAGCGACUUGAAGGAAUUGAAAUUAGCAAUAUCAAUGAAAUUGAUGAUGAAGAUAUCAAGUCUAUCUGUGAUGCGAUUGAAGGUAAUAUUUCAACAUUGAAAGCACUGUAUUUAUAUGGUUUGAAACUGAUAUGUAGAACAACAGCCCGCCGUCUCCCUGAUAUGGGUAAUCUUGUCGCAUUAUUGAUACAGGAUCUCACUAUGCCACAUGAAGUCUUUACCUCACUAUGCAGUUUCCUAUCAGUUAGUAGUCAUCUUAAACAGGUAUCGAUUUCCAAUACACGCUGUAAGCCCAUAACGCACAGCGUGUUCACUACAGACAGUGAGUGCAGUACAGUCAAUGUGUUCCACGAGUGCAUUAACCAGCAUGAAGUAGAUUUAUCCAAGCAUCAACAUCUACAAUACCUGGAGUACGAUGAUUCUGUCACCGUGACUCGCAUUAACUCUUCAAACCUAGAAAUAUUUCAUUGUAGAUCAUCAAAGAGUACAGACUAUGCGAAAGUGUUUGAUAAUCUUAGUACAGCGAACAAAUUAACAGAACUGUUUUUGGUUUAUGAUAUCAGGAAAUCACAUAGCGAUUUUUUAAAUCCAUCACAUCAUACUGUAACAGACAAAUUGAUCACAUUGUUACCAUUAUUGCACCAGCUCCAUGAACUUACCUUGUCGAAAUUGACAUUUACUGACAAUAUAAUGAAAUUUCCCGCUCAAAUGAAGAGUAUGAAGAGCAUUGAGCUACAUUAUGUCACAAUGAGCUUGACAACAUGGCGGCAGUUUGCUGAUAGUCUUCAUCUUAUACCUUUUCCCGUACAGGUGAAAGCAGUAUUAAUGUGUAUAACACGAGAUGGAGAGAAAUGUAACCGUUUAAUGCGACGGACGACAAGACGAGGAGGAGAGGAAGCAGCUGCAUGGCAGUAUGUUAGAGAACAGGAGUUUUUUAUCUAUGCGGAAGAUGACGAUACUGAUUCAAUUGAGUUUUCAACAAAGAAGUAAUAUUCAUCGGUAAAAAUCAUUACUGUUAAUAAUACUGAUGACUUUUGUGUUGUAUUGAUUAUUGAAAGAAGAGUGUGUUACAGUUGUAGAUAUAUAUUAAACCAGUUUCUAGUGGAAUAUCGUUCUGCCAUCAUGAUCAGCUAUUAUAUCAGAUUUCAAAGUGCCAUAGCUUUUGCAAUAGUGGCUUAAUUUUAAAAAUUCUUUCAGCAUUAUGAAAGACUUGAGAUUAUGUUUGAUUCUUUGAUGUGAAAUCAACUUAUUAUCAGGCUAUCCUUACCCUUUAGAUAUUGCAUGUAGGGUGAAUACUCAAUUGUUUUGUGUUUUCAACAAAUAGGUGAUAUCUGCUUACAUACGUUUUUUUUUCCAAACGAUAUCGUUUUUUUUUUUUAUUGUACUGAUGUCUUUUAAAAAUGACAAUAUCGCAGUACAGAUGUACAGUCAAACACAUAUAUAAAAACCAUGCUUAAAAUGUAUGAAAAGUGAUUUUUAUCUAAAGAUGGUCUUUAUUCACAAGUGAAAUGACACUGAAAAAAAUCAAUUAAAGAUCUUUUAAACCAAAUGGUCUUAAUUCACUGUACAUAUUAAAGUUGGGAUUUAGAUUAAACAUUUAACGAACAUUUUUAUUUAAUAAGGCAAGACUUUUACACGCUGAAAGAUAUCAACACUCCGUCCUCUGUAACAAAUACAGUUGAACCUGUGUCAAGGAUUCAAUUUGGAUGAUUAUGGCAGAUGGCUGCUACUUAAGACGUGUCAAAAUUUAUUCAGUCAAGUUUGCACUGACUUGCUGCUUUUUAGUGAUUCCAUAAAUUCACAUGACCGCUAAGGUAGGUUCAAUUGUACUGGCAAGUUGUGUUUUAAAGUAACGGAACUACAGAAAUUAGGAUUUUCUCUGUACAUAGUUUAUGUUUUGUGCUACAGUAAUAUCUGUCUUAAUUGUGUAUCUAUUUUGAAUGUCUGUGUCAACUUUUCCUACUGUUUGAUUGGUUCAGGAUAUUCAGAGCGAACAUACCCCUCAUCCUGUUAUAUUAUACUGUCUUCUGUCGAACUAAAUUGGAUAGACAGGACACUCAUUCUAAAGGUACUUACCGCGAGGUGAACGUCAGAGUUUUAUGAUUUUCAAAGGAAACGGAAAAAAAAUCUUAGAAUCAGCAUGCAGUGAUAUAAAAGUUAAUGUUUUGUUAUUAUGAUGAGCAACUCAUGCACAUGGCGAGUUUUCUACACAUGUGUGCUAUCAAAAACUUUGACAUUAAUCUUUACUAAUGCCCAUUUACAACAUUAGUAUUUGUGACUGAAACGUCAAUGUCUUCACUGAAAAUUCAGGACGCACAAAUAUAUGCGUAAUUAAAAUUCCGAUUGAAAUGUACUUACUAGUAUAUCUACUAUAAUAUACAAGUAUGUUAGUAACACAUUUUUAAACGUUUUGUUUCAUGCAUUAUGUAUCGUUGUAUUCAUGCAAAUUUGAAUUCUUUUGAAUAUCUUUUAUCCUUUUCCAUUCAUGUAUUAUGUCAGAUUCUAACACGAUUCGCAGCAAUUGCUAUAUAGCGAAAUCGUCUAUACAUGAAUCUACGAUAAAAUAUGAUUGGCUGUUACAUUUACCCCCCCCCCCCCACCCCACUUAUGAUUGCGGCAUAAGAGAUUCUACUUCAGUUCCAUUACAUACAAAUUAUUUCAGGGCCAAACGAAUGAAAACAGUAUUUCAAAAUGUUAACUAUGAAAAAAAGUCAUACUAAUGUGUAGGACCGUAAAACACGUUUUGAUCUCUACGAGCGAAUUCAAUUAGCUUAAUUGCGAGCUGUUAGAUUACUAAUUCAUAAAUACUUCUCAAAAUUCUGAUAAAAAAGAAACAAAUAUCUAUACGUUCCAUUGGCUAUGUAACACUUUCUAACCAUGGGGGUAAAUUGUAACAUCAUAUGACCCGAAUGAUGUAUUACGCUGAAAAUGUAGUACUGUAAAAUGCGAAUUAUUUGCGUUGUUAGAAUCGAAAUAAUAAAUAUGUUCCAAUAAUUUUAUCAAUUAAUAGAACAUGGGCAGUCGUUUGGAUCCGACUAAUUAAA